AUGAUGAAAGCUAUCGUCCUCAGGUCAGAUCCCACCAAAGACGACGCUGAAUGGCGCUUUACGGUCCCUCCACGCGCUUUGACACCACCUCCAAACGCAAAGGUACCAUACAUCAAGGCUAUCCAAUUUACCGCCAAUGCGAUUACACUCCAGUUCGAACGCAUGCCGAUGAAUCGCGUACUGAACGCGGACGACUCGUCGCUGUUCAUCUUAGCGUCCUUUGCUACGUUGCGGUUCCCCGAUGCGCAUCUGGGCGAUACAGCCGACUACAUCCUACGCUUGAUGACUAAAGGCCUGUUUCUCAACGACGUACAGUACCGGUUCUAUCAUCACAGCAACAGUCAACUCCGGAGUCGCAGCUGCUUCAUGAGAGCCGCUCGGUCGGAUGAAGAGCUUGAUCGUCGAAUCUACGCCAUGGGGGAUUUUGGGCGUAUAAUGAAUGUGGCGAAGCGGGCGAAACGGAUUGGCCUGCUAUUCUCCGGUGCCGAGAUCGACUGGCAGCUCGAUCCACGUUACGUCUUAGACAUCCGUGAUAUCAAGUCUGGCGACGAGUUGUUUUCGGAUGGAUGUGGCCUGAUCUCGCGCAAGUUUCUUGUACAGCUGAGCAAAGCUAAGCGAAUCAUAUUCAGAGGCUCCAGGUACACACCGUAUCGCGGAUACAAGGGUGUUCUCAUGCUGCAUCCACGGCUCGACAAGGACGGGCAAUCCCAUGUACAUUUCCGCGACAGCAUGAAGAAAUUCACCGCGACUAGUGAUAACACCUUCUCCGUCGUCGGCUAUUCUCAACCCUAUGCCUUCGGACGACUCAAUAACGAGAUAGUCACUCUGUUAUGGAGCCUCGGUGUUUCAAAGGAAAGGUUCGUUGCAAAGCAGGAAGCCUAUUUUGAGUGGAUUCGCAAGGCCUCUGAGGACUGGCGCCGCCAUAUGUGGGAGGGUGAACAUCGUACCGUAUCUACCGCCUAUGUCUAG